AUGGCGAGAACAUCAGGAACGACUACUCCUGACUUCGACAAAUGUGAUCCGCGCCGAUGGGUAAUUCGCCAUCAGCGGCUAGUUGCGCUGAUGAUGUUGCCACGAUCAGAGAUUGACGGUUACUCUACCGUGACGGAUAAGUCGAUGAACAGCACUCCAAUCGGAGAAGCAGGCGAGAUGAUUCACUGCGCCGCCUCGCAGGGCCUCACUUUCACCGUCCAAGCCUUGCUUGCGGAAGGGCGUAUCGCCUGUGACGCAAAAGAUCGCUUCGGCAAAACUCCUCUUCACUGGGCUGCCGGGCAAGGGCACGUCGACAUUGUCUUAGUGCUCAUGGAUGCCGGAGCCUUGGUCGACUCUCGCGACCACUUCAAGGCCACACCACUCAUGCUCGCGGCCUUGGGGGGGCACGAGCACGUCAUUCGCUGUCUGCUGUAUGCCGGCGCUGGUGCGCCCAACCGUCACAACUGCGAAGAAGGGCGUUGCCACGCCGAAUUGAGGAGUACCGCCCUUCACUAUGCCGCUAAGGGUGGUCACGUUGGAGUUAUCACAGCCCUGCUGAGUGCUGGCUUCUGCAAGGGUCAGCACGACGAGACCCGUGUAACCGCAGCCGAGAUAUCCGCCAGAGUGGGGCACGAGUCCUCACGGGAAGCCACCCGUCGGCUCCUAGGCGGUGACAGAGGAGGCAAGCUGGUCUAUGAUUACGUCAACAUGGUCAGCCAGGACGUGGCUACCGUGUACGGUCUGGUCCAAGGCGGGGCGUUCCUGGAUUGGCAGGACAGCCACAGGAGACGCACUCCGUUGCACCGGGCGGUGUACUUUGGGCACUUUCAGAUUCUCAAGAUCCUACUCGCUGCUGGCGCCAAUCCAAACGUCGCCGACAACCUUGCCGUUACCCCGUUGCAUAUGGUUGCCGUUAAGGGAUGCGAGGCUGAGGCUGCCGAACUGCUCUGUGCCGGAGCCAAUACGCACGCACGCACGGAUGACAGUUAUACGCCGCUACAUCUCGCCGUCGUCUACAACAGGAUUGGUGUCACGAGGCUACUCCUAGACGCUUCGGCGUCCUCCCUCGAAGUCCGCGAUAGUUACCACGGCAUCACGCCGCUCGCAUGGGCGUCCAAGCUCUCCUUCACUCUCAUGCUGCGCGUAUUGCUGAGUACGGGAGCCGACGUUAACUCUAGGUCUCCAGCGGGCUUGACCCCCCUCCACUGGGCUUGCCGCUUCAACAACGUUGACAUCGUCGAGUGCUUGCUGUUAGCGGGAGCCGACCCCGACUCUGCGGAUAACGAGGGUGCCGAUGCCGGCUCUGCGAUUGGUCUUGGCGACCCCCCCCGCCACGCGGGACCCCAGAGCCCUCCCAUUCUCCUAGGAGCUGUGAAUGAAAUCGGCCGGCUAAAUAACGAAGAAUUGGCGACCCGCAUCCGCCUGGCGCUGUCGAAGGCGAGGAAGGAUCGCACUUGGCGUCGUCGGGGCUGGUUGGUCGUGCUGGCUAGGAGGCAAGCGAUGGCGAUGGCCGUGGUGCCCGGCACUACUUCCAGAGCUUCCAAGGCUUACUACGCAUUCGUGCGUGGCAACAAGAAGAGCGAAUCUAGGAUGACCACACCAAGGAUUUUGGCGACGACAGGUGUGGACGCAGACACGGGCCGCCGUGUGUAUCUUGCCAUCCACCAGGAAGGGACUCGGCAGGGAAAUGGGAGCUCAUCGAGCGAUCUCCCUCACGGCAACGAAGUCGACAAAAGCAACGACGCCACCGCUCGGUUGGACUGGUGGAGGUAGCGCCGGCCACAUCGACAAAGUCACUGGCUGGACGCCGGGGCAGGGAGUAGUACAGGCGCUGCUUCGGCUGGCAGCCGUGGAAGUUGGUGUGUUUCGUGGUGUGAUGCGCUUCCUAUGACAUUUUCUUACCGCAGAUAGCUACGGUCCGCGCUGGCCACUCCGUGUUCUAGCGCUCCGUGUUUAGAUCCUUAAUGCCCAGGGGGCGUUUUCAGGAGGAUGUUCAGUUCGCUUUCAACAGUCAAUUAUGGCUCCCGUUAGACUGGGAAACUGCUAGCUGUCGGUACUUCCGGGAAACCAGAAGAGACACGCUGAGAACGUGAAGCUUUUGGAUCAGAUUAGACCUUUGAGCCGUAUCGUUGGUGGAUACUACCCAGGGCGGAGGGAAGAAGGGGGGAGAUGAAGAGUGAAAGUGAGAUAUCGAACCGUGAAUCGAUCUCAUGCGAAGUAUUUCGUGGUGCCCUGUGAAAAAGAAAAUGGCCAAAAGAGGCAAUGCAUCCCCGCUCCAAAAGUGGGGGCGUCCACAGUUUGAAGAAUAUUUUCGCUAAUUGGAGGCAGGCCCUACGUACGGUCGGAAAGUAAUCUACUAGUAGGAAACUUCCAGAAUUGCUCAGACCGCAAAUGCUCGGUUCACAAAAAGAAGGAAAAUUCCAAAAAAAUGUAUGUCUUCGCUUCAUCAAUGCAGACCGUCGUGCUGGAACGCAAGAAGACCAAACACCCAACGUACAUUUGUAAUGCGCAACAAACUAGGCAAGCGUAACGGGACGACCUCAGAAAAAUCCGCCAGAAGAGACGUACGAUGCACGAUGGACUGCACGCGGCUAUCUCGAAAACGUGAUCGGUUCUCGAAGCACGCCCUGACACUUGAUACCGAGCCGAAUUGCGCCUGGACACCUGGGCACCACAACUAACUGGCGUCAUCAAUAACAUCCCUUCCAAACAGACCUGACAUACUUCACAACGAUGCAAACGGCGGAGCCGACAGUAGUCCAUGCUGCCGUCGACCCAUUGUCGGAUGUCGAUCCAGUAGCCUAUUCUGGUGUCUGCUACAUCCAAGCACCGUGUACGCCAGCGUGACAGUGAGACAGCGACUGAAAGCCAAACACAUGACUAAAAAAAUUGAGAAAUAUAUUUUCUGCUGGACAAAAAUUGACAAAAUAAACUACCUUUUUGAUCGAACAAUGCCAGUGACUUCUUCAUGAUGGCAAACGUCGCCACCAAAGCCAAGGCAAUGGUGGACAACCCUCCACGCCUGUUCCGAACCCCCCCCCCCCCCCCUCUUCCCUUCAUAACCCUGACCACAGCACAACCCACCCAGCAAAAUUUGAAACACGCCGAUCACAGCGAGUGUUGCC